AUGGCUCACUCGUUAAUAAGAAAAUGCAUAAAACCAGCGAGCCCCAAUGUUCUGCCGGCACUCUCGGUCUCCCUGAUCCGGCGCCGGCUGGCGACGGUGGCGGCAGCGGACGAUGAGCCAGCGCAGUCUUCGUUCACGUUCUCUUCGGAGGGGGAUAAGGUGUACAUGAAGGGGCCGUCGGGGAAGUGGAAGUCAUCGUCUUCGGUGACGAUGCCUAUGUCGUUCAUGACGGGGUCGAUCGUGGGGAAGCGGUUUUACAACGAGGUGAAGACUCGUGAAGCGGAUGACGGGAACGGGUGGACGGUGAUGCUCGAUUACAGAACCCUAAAGACACCUUCCAAGAGACCCCUCAAGCUUCCCACACUUCCUCUUGCAAAAGCCAUUGCCGCUGAAUGGGAAUAUCAGCUAACGGAUGGCAUAAGACCCUUCACAAUGCCUCUUAUGAGACUUGCUUGCACUGCCCUGGAAAGAGUUCCCCUCACAAGGAGCAAAAUUAUUGAGAAUUUGAUGAUGAAAUUUAAUCAAGAUUUAGUAUUUUGUCGUGCACCUGAUGACAAUGAGCUGACAAGCUAUGUGCAUGAUCUUCAGGUGGAGAAAAUUGAUCCAUUGCUUCACUGGGUGGAGUCAGAAUUUGGCUAUAAGCCUGUUGUUUACUCCAGCCUUUUUGGUGGUAAGCAGGAAGAUGGUCUUGUAACGGCUAUUGAGAACCUUCUAAAGAAAGCAGAUGAUUGCGAGUUGGCAACAAUUGAUGCUAUUGCAGCAUCAGCACAUUCAUUAAUUAUUGCUAUUGGAAUGGUGCGCGGGAAAUUGCAAAUUGAGGAAGCAAUUCAACUUAUUAGACUUGAAGAAGAUUAUCAGGUGGACAGGUGGAGCCUCGUAGAAGGUGGCCAUGAUGUGGAUAUUGCUGAUCUAAGAGUGCAGAUUUCAUCACCAAUUGUAUUUCUUGGUUUGUCGAGAAGCAUGUAG